AUGAUAUCUACUCUACCAUUCCUACUGCAAGAGAGAUAUGGGAAUCAAGUGGCAUGUUCCAAGAAAUUCGUGAUUGGAAAGUUCAUGAAUUUCAAGAUGGUGGAUACCAAAUCUGUCCUCAAACAAGUGGAGGAAAUUCAAGUCAUUGCACAUGAUCUUGAAGUUGAAGUGGGCAGCUGGCUAGAGAUCGCAAGCCCAGAUGAUCCUGCGGUGAUAGAGGUGGGUCAGUUUGCAGUUGAUCAACACAACAAAGAUACGAAUAGCACUUUGAAGUUUCAAAGUGUAGUCAAAGGUGAUACUCAGAUUGUAGGUGGCAUGAAUUGGAGGCUAACGAUUGAGGUGAAAGAUGAUAAGUCGAUCAAGAACUGCGAGGCUUAUGUUUACGAACAACCAUGGCAAAAAGUUAGGAAACUCAUUUCUUUUAAAACCAUUUAA